AUGGCUGGCCAGUUCUACAUAGAAAACAAGAACGUCGGCGACAAGAACAACUCGGAGGACUGGCGCAUCCGCGGCUACAAUCCCCUGACCCCGCCCGAUUUGCUGCAGCACGAGAUCAAGCAGACGCAGAAGUCGAAAGAGACGGUCAUCGCCGGCCGCAAUGAAGCCGUUGACAUCGUCCAAGGCCGCGACGACAAGAGGCGCCUCCUUGUCGUUAUUGGCCCCUGCUCCAUCCACGACCCCGAGAUGGCGCUCGAAUACUGCGACCGCCUGCUUCAGCUGAAGGAAAAGCACAAGGACGAGCUGCUCAUCGUCAUGCGCUCUUACCUCGAGAAACCGCGCACCACCGUGGGCUGGAAGGGCUUGAUCAACGACCCCGACAUUGACAACUCUUUCCAGAUCAACAAGGGCCUUAGGAUAUCGCGCCAGCUCUUCGUCGACUUGACCGAGCGUGGCAUGCCCAUCGCGAGCGAGAUGCUGGACACAAUCUCGCCGCAGUUCCUGGCCGAUCUGCUGAGCGUGGGCGCCGUGGGCGCCAGGACGACCGAGAGCCAGCUGCACCGUGAGCUUGCCUCUGGCUUGUCCUUCCCCGUCGGCUUCAAGAACGGCACCGAUGGUACCCUCGGCGUCGCCAUUGACGCCAUUGGCGCCGUCAAGCACCCCCACCACUUCCUGUCCGUCACCAAGCCUGGCGUCGUCGCCAUUGUCGGCACUGUCGGCAACGAAGACUGCUUCGUCAUUCUCCGCGGCGGCUCCAAGGGCACCAACUACGACGCCAAGAGCAUCCAGGAGGCCAAGCAGAAGCUGCUGGAGAAGAACACCAACCCGCGCAUCAUGGUCGACUGCAGCCACGGAAACUCGGAGAAGAACCACAAGAACCAGCCCAAGGUUGCGCACGUCCUGGCCGAGCAGAUUGCUGCGGGCGAAGAGGCCAUCAUGGGCGUCAUGAUCGAGAGCAACAUCAACGAGGGCAACCAGAAGGUGCCCAAAGAGGGUCGUGCUGGCCUUCAGUACGGCGUUUCCAUCACCGACGCCUGCAUCGGCUGGGAGGACACCGAGCUGGUGCUGGAGGAGCUCGCGAACGCCGUGAAGCAGCGCAGGCAGGCUCUUGGCGCCUAG